AUGCCGCACAAGAAGCUGAAGGGCGGCCACAUGGCCAUCAUCGAGAACUGGUACCACCAGAUACCGGCCUUUACCGACGUGUUUACCGAGGAGAGCUUCUACAUGUUUGCCGUCUGCUUCGUGCUGGCCACCAUUGCCGUCGUGUUGGUGCUGUCCCGGUUUAUCACGCUGAAGCCGGUCGAUUAGUCGAUUGUUUUCUAAGUUUGUAAUGAAGACAUAAAGUGUAAGGUGAUGACUGAAGAGGCGGAGCGACGGAAGGAAAAAACGAUGUAAGUAGAGAUAGUAGCAAUGAUAAAGGCACCCGGCUCGAAAAAGCUGGAAAAAAUGGA